CAUUUUGGGAGAUGAUAUAUAUAACUGUUUUCUAUAGAACUAUAUGUUUAAAUUCCAGGAUUGUAAUGAAUAUGUUUGCUAUGUUCUAUUUAGACAGAAGAAGAAUAUUAAUCACUCUUUCCUCUAUAUGUCAGUGUGUCUCAUACGAAUUCAUAAUCCUCGGGUUCAUUUUUGGGCGCCAACGUUCAAGUGGGGUAUAAGCAUAGCUAACAUUGCAGACUUUGCCAAACCUACUGACAAAAUCUCUUACCCUCAACAGCUUGUUGUUGCAUGCUCUGGAGUUAUCUGGUUUCGCUAUGGCAUGGUUAUCACUCCAAAAAACUGGAACCUCUCUAGCGUUAAUCUUGCUAUGGCCGGGACUGGCAUUUGCCAGCUUGCUCGUAAAAUCAAAAACGAUUUUGCAUCUGAAGUGGAGCCUGUUGUUGCCAAAGAAUGAUUAAUGACGAAGAAGGAUCUUCUUGCUUGUGCUUGAUAAUCAUCAUCCCAAAAUAUUUGAUUUUUUUUGUUUAACUCUCAGACCUUCUUGGUUGGAUUAAGAAACCAUUUUCCAAUGUUUUUCAGUACAUCAUACGUUCUCUAAAGUGAUAUCAAACGUUUCAAUGAGUUUGGACCUGACCA